AUGGCCGCUUCCCCAUAUAACAUCUCUGUCUCUGAUCAGGCCCUCGAUGACCUCCGUGAGAGACUCUCAAUUGCUAAGUUUCCGGACGAGCUAGACGCGCCAAACCAGUGGGUGUAUGGCGCGCCCCUUGCAGAUGUGAGAAGGCUGGCGCAGUACUGGAAAAGCGGGUUUGAGUGGAGAAAAGCCGAAGCAAAACUGAAUGAGCUGCCGAACUUCAGGAGGGCCAUCUCGGUCGAUGGGUAUGGCGAUAUCAACGUGCAUUAUGUCCACCAACGGAGCCCCAUCCAAAACGCAAUCCCCCUUCUCUUCUGCCACGGGUGGCCCGGCUCAUUCGAAGAAGUCACCAAGCUACUCCCCCUGCUCCAAGGUGAUGGCGAUGCACCGGCAUUCCACGUCGUGGCACCCUCCCUCCCCAACUUCGGCUUCUCGGACGCGGUCAAAAAGCCUGGUUUCUCCCUUGAGUACUACGCUCAAACCUGCCACAAACUGAUGCUCUCGCUCGGUUACCACGAGUACGUGACCCAAGGUGGAGACUGGGGCUUAUACAUCACUCGCGCCAUGGGCCUCCUCUACCCGGACCACUGCAAAGCCUCACACAUCAACAUGAUCCGUGCUUUCCCACCAACCUUUACCAAGAACCCAAUCCUAGCUCUGCAACACGCACUAACCCCCUACACCGAAGCCGACAAGCGCGGCUUCGCCCGCAAUCAAUGGUUCAACGUCCAAGGCAGCUCCUACCACCACCAGCAGCGCACUCGUCCGCAAACCCUAGGCUUCGCGCUCGCGGACAGCCCGGUCGCGCUGCUAGCGUGGAUCUACGAGAAGCUGCAUGACUGGACGGACGAGUAUCCCUGGACCGACGACGAGGUUCUCACCUGGGUGUCUAUCUACUGGUUCUCGACCGCGGGGCCUGCCGCCAGCGUCCGCAUCUACUAUGAGGUUAAUAACUCGCCGAGUCCGCAUAUCGAGAAUCGGGAGAGGAUGAGCAAGUGGAUCCCGCAUGUGAAGCUGGGGAUGGCGCAUUUUCCGAAGGAGCUGAGUGUUAUGCCGAAGACGUGGGCGAGGACGAUGGGGCCGGUGGUGUACGAAAGUACCUACGAUCGCGGAGGCCAUUUUGCGGCAUGGGAGCGGCCGGAAUGCAUUGCGCAGGACUUGCAGAAGAUGUUUGGGAAGGGAGGACCGUGCUACGGCAUUGUGAGGGACAGGAAGGGCUACGAUAAGUCUGCACCGCAGGCGAAGUUGUGA